AUUUCUCGCCACACUUCAUUCACCAAGCGGUUCGCGUUAAAAUGUUCUUCAAAGUCUCGACUCUUCUGCUGGCCUGCGUCGCCCUGGCCGCCGCAGCGCCCGGCUCCGGAAUAGCCCCUUCGACCAGCCUCAUCGACUUCAUGAUGCAGUCGCGGGCUCUGAGAACGGCCACCACCCUCAACUUGAACUGCUUCGACUGGUAUUUGCCCAUCCUGAAGGGGCAGUCCGACCAGUAUGAGAAGGACUACAAGGUCUGCGCCGAAAGGUUCGAUGUCGAGAAAUGGCUGGCCGACACCAACUACGGCAUCGCCCGCAAUGGAAUUGACUCUCAGGCUAGGCAGACCUGCGCCGCCCUGGAGCGUUGCUCGUACCAGGCGGAUGACUCGAGUGCCCUUGAUUGCUAUUCCAAGACCGCUCCCGAACAAUCUGCUAUUCUGGCCACCAUCGGCAAUAAUGCGACCGAUCUCAACAAGCAGCUGGUCAGGGAUAUCGCUCUCAUUAACCUAGAACUGGAUUCGUGCCAGACCAAGGCCGAGAGGGUGUACAAGGAGGGCUCUGCCGCCAGCUUUGAGGAGCUGAAUGCCUGCCUGGACGACGAUAACUGGACCCAGCCCAACAGCACCACUGUGUCCAGUUGAACGAUUGUUGGGGCUAGCUUUAUACACAAAAGCCAAAGCUCUAAUCACAGCAUUUCAAUCACUUCUGUAAUCUUUUUCUGAUUGUGCCUAAUGCCUUCCCAAAUUCCCAAAUUACAGUGUGUCACAUCUUGAAAUUC